AUGAUGUGCACAGUUCCAGCUAAAGACCAUAAGGAUCUACCGGCAACAACUUCAACUAAUGUGGUCUUGACUAGUGCAGAUGGCUAGAGCAUUUAUGUAGUUGCACUGACCUUCUUCGAGGAUUUAGCUCUAGUAGAGGAGGCCUAAGACGCUUACCAAUCUCAAUUUUAGAAUGAAAGUUUUUUCUAAAGUCCAGUCAAGCAAGAGAGCUAAGCAGAGAAGGUUAAAUAGAUAGGAAACAUUAAGUUUGAGUUGACAAAAAAUUUCAAAAAGCCAGGCAUGCUUUAGAAGGGUGGAACUAGUAGGAAUAUCAAUGGGUCUGCUGUUAAAAACAAAACUGCCUAAAAUAUACAAAACUAGGAAGAAACCAAAAAUGAUGGGAAAAUUUUUGGAUUAGUGGAAUAGAAGGACUUGAUAAAAAGGCAAAAUUCGUUCACAAGACCCAUCACAGAGAAUUACUAUGAGUCAUCAGAAGAGGAAAUUCUGCUGGAUCAGGAAAACUCAAACAACCUAGAAGAAUUGAAAGAUGAUUAAUCAGCAAAGAAUCCUCUAUAAGGUGUUUAGCUUUAGAAAGGCAAGUUUUACAUUCAAAAGUCGGUGUGCAUUUUGUCAAGGAAUCCAUUCUUUGAGUAGUUCAGACUUAUGCUUAUGGAUAUAAAAAGAGCUUGUGAUACUGGAAUUAGAGCACCCAUAGAGGACUAUAUCGCCUAGAUACUUUAUGCUAUUCCAGCUCCACCCAGAGGUAUUGCUACCCUGAAUCUGAAACUGAUUUGCAGAAAUCAUCCUUACAGAAAUUUGCUAUUCAAAAAUCCUCCAAUUAAUAGACUACCUUAUUCAAAUAAUGACUUCAUCAUUACCUUAUUCGACUGCCUUAAUGUUGAUAAUGUGCUGCUUUUCUUUAAAAGAAUUCUGCUUGACUCCAAUCUCAUAAAUUAUUAUAUCAGAAAUGCUCCAGUCCCCUUUUUAAUGGGCAUAGAUCAAAGUUUGCAAAAGGAAGCUGAAGAAAAUAUCAGUGAUGGAACUUACAUUAUUGAUUUAGAUCAAGACAAGACAUCAGUAACCAUAUCAGCAUCUGGUAGAUCAAGGCCUCAACAAAAGGAUGACUUGCCUGAACUCCCAGAUCAUUAUUGCAAGAAACUUUAAAAAACCCUUAAAGACAUUAUAAAGCCUAAAAAGAAAAAGCAGUAAAGACUUUCAAUUGAAGAUGUUGAAAAUAUCAGAGAUGCAUUCUUUCAAUUCUUUGUAAAUGUGUUCCAGAACUAUGAAAAAUACAUUAGUUCUAACCAGGGCAGCAUGCUUAGUCAUGUUCAGAGAACAGUUGAAGGCGUGAGUGGGUGUUAUGGCUAUCAAAAGUACAUUGAAGACUCUCCAAGUGACACCAAGAUGUUUUUCAAAUACUUCCUUAAACUUUAGAUGUUCACUCGACUCCUCGAGAGAAAACUUUGGCCCAGCAAGAAUGAAGAUUUCAUUGACACAACUUUCUUUGACGAGCAUAUUAGACACAAGUAUCACAAGCAGAAAAAAAAUUCGAAGAUGCAGCAAGAAACCUUUUUUCUCAAUGAUUAGUCUAGAAAUCAUUAGUUUACUUUCGAAUGUGAUGUCCUUGAUAAAGCAGACAAGGAGCUAAACGAGAGAAUGAUAAAAGAUCUAUUCAAAGAUCAAAAGUUAUAACCAGUGAAAUUUGUACAAGAAGACAAUGCAAAUGUUUAUAUUGUCAUGCCACAGACAUUCAACAAUGAGUAUAUAAAGCAUGUUUUUAUGGAGGAAUGCUGGAAAGCUGACUCACUUAAAGAUUUUUAAGAUAUCCUUAAUAAAAAGCAGUUGCAAUAAGGGGUCAGCAAAAAGAAGAAAAUUGUUCAACAAUACUUUGACGAGCUUGACAAGGAUGUAAAUGUGCAUAUAUGCUGGCUGCUAAUCUGGGUUGGUACACUAAGCUAUCAAAAGGAAAACGAGAAGUCUUUUAGACUCAAGUAAGCUAUUGAAGUAUUAAGAAAGAUCAAUGCAAAGAGUGGUGGUAAACUUAAUCUUGAAAUAUUCGAACUAUUGAUGGACACAUGUGACAAAUAUGGAAAUCUAAAGAUGGUUUUGGAGAUAUUUGACUAAAUAGAGGAGUUCAAAUUCAAGCCAAAUGCAGCUAUUAUGACCUAUUUCCUAAGUGGACUAUCAAAGAAUAUGGAGGCAAUGGAGACUGUUCAGAGAUUCUUUAAGAAGCACAAGGAAAAGCAUGAGAUUGGAAUUCAACCUAAUACUGGAAUCCAAAGCAAGGUGACCAAUGAAAUAGAAAGAAGAUUCAACUCAGCGAAAAGAGUCAUCAACAAAAUCACAACUGCUCUUGGAAAGAGCACUCCACAGACUCCAGCAGAAUUACCGAAAUCAACCACUUAAAAAGAUCAUUCUAAGCCAGUAAUUAACGUCGACUUGUCAGAUUUGCAGAAGAAAAAUGACAAGAAUUUUUCUGUUACAGAGCAAUCAAUGCUGUCAGAUAGAUCCCUUGGCAAGCCCCCCCAACCCAAUUCUUAAGAAUAGCUAUCAUAGCGAGCAUUACCUUCUCCUGGUCCUCUGAAGCAUUAAGGUUCCAACUUUUCCUAAACUUAAACUACUGGAACCAGCUCAACUCAACUAAAACUAAAUCAAAUGUACCAAGCCUAGCAAAACUAGGUUACUAGUCUGCUUGAUACUAGGUCUUAUCUUUAUAAAAAACUAUCUAAUUAGUUUAAAAGACGAUGUUUUCUGAGCAAGGAUGAGCAGGAGGUGUUUAUAUCGGAUAAAGUCAGAAUGCUUUUGAAAGAGCUGUGCUCUGAAUGUGGAACCACACUUUAUCCCAAAGAUAUCCUGAAGCAUACAAUCAAAGAAGCUGAUGACUACUUCGUGUUUUAAUGCAGAGCUUGCUUUGCUAAGAUAUUCCCGUCACUUAAAGUCAGGAUUGGAGACAUAAAUGUAUACAAGAAUGAAGACACUGCUUUUAUCAAUCCCGUUUAACUUAGACAAUACGUGGAAGAAAGAUUGUAGCUGGACUAAUGGUAUCGUAAUGCAGAGUAACUUACUCCAGAGAUACUCAGAGAUUACAACAAGAAUAUCUAUUGGAACUUGAUAUGGUACUUCGCAGAGUUCCAUCUGCCUUAUGACUUCAUUGUUCCUUACGCUGAUGACUCUCUGCAUGAGGAAUUCUUGAGAGCAAAUCAGCAUCUUGUCGUUAAAAACAAACUUAGACUGGAUCAAUUAGUUAUUAGAGAGGGAGGAAUAGACAACUACAUCAAAUACCUAGAAGAGUUGAUACGAAAGGAUUAAAGAAACAAAAGAGCAUCUCAAAGUUCGAAGAGGAGUGGCAAUCAGAGAGCAUCUAAAGGUAAAAAGAGAACAAGGAAACUAGAGACUGAAGCAAAUGAAAUGAUGCCUCUGCAAAAAUAGUCCACACACCCAGAAGAACAAAUAUCUUUAGCUAAUUCACCAUCAGACAAGUUAAGCCAAAAUAAUGAUGGUCAGGCUUCUAACAAGGAUCUUAGAUCUAAGUCAAGUGACAUAACUCAAAGAAUUAAACUAUUUUGA